AUGCACAUUCUGUUAAACUUGCGUAGAAUUCUUUUACUUCUUCUUCUCCAAAUCUCUGAAGUCUACUCUAGAACUAGGUACUAUGAAUUCAAUCUUACCCAAGAAUAUUAUGCCCAUGAUGGCGUCUACAAAAGUGUCAAAGCUAUUAAUGGUAUGUCUCCUGGUCCGACUUUAAUAGGAGACGAGAACGAUUGGGUGGAAAUCUUGGUGAACAACCAACUAGAAGUUCGGGCGGCAAUUCAUUUCCAUGGCAUAUUACAAGUCGGCACUCCAUGGUCUGACGGAGUUCCUGGAGUGACUCAAUACCCAAUCCCCAGUGGCGGCAAUUUUACUUACAGAUUUCAACUUAAAAACCAAAGUGGAGCUAUGUGGUACCAUUCACAUUAUCGAGGGUAUCUGUCUGAUGGGCUCUACGGAAUGAUAUACAUCCGGCCGUCACCUAGAAGGAAAAGGCCGUACCACUUGAUCACUAAUAUCAGUAAAGACUUGGAAAUGCUCUAUAGGCUUGAAAAAACUCCAUCAGUCUUGAUUGCAGACGAUGCUUUCAGGCAAAACAUGGAUGACAUCAUGGCUAGGAUGUUCCAUUUCGGGGUAGAUCCUGUUUGCAUCCAGAGCUUACUCAUUAACGGCAAAGGUAGAGUGUAUUGCCAUUCGCAUGAGAGGUUCUAUACUUUGGCGAAGAAGAAACCCUUUUUAAAAAGAGUGCCGUAUUUUGAUUCCAUGGGUUGUUUGAGAGACGACAGCUUCCUCAAGUACAAUGACCACACACUUGAUCAUUUUGCGCUCGAACUUCCAGGGUAUUCUCUCGAUUGCAAAUCCACAUUAUCAGAAAACUUCAUUUUUUUCACCAAUGGAUCUCGAUGGCAAUACGUUAAUUUUCUUAAUGCCGGGGGACAAUAUACUAAAGCUUUCUCUAUUGAUGAUCAUAAAUUCUAUGUCAUUGCAGUUGAUGGUGCGUUUGUGUUUCCUCAAAAAGUCACCAGCGUGGUACUCCCAGUUGGAUCUCGUAUGACAGUGUGUUUUGAAACCAAGCCCGAGCAGCAUGAAAGUACGCAUAAGCCUUUUGCAAUCCGUGUGGCCGCUAUUCACACGCCUCAAUUCAUUGAAGCUAAAGCACUACUAGUUUACGGUAAAAGAGAGGACUUUGAUGAGGAUGAUAUCCGAGGGUUUCAAGAGUACAACGAAUUGAAUAAUGGGAAGAAGUUUCAGGAUGUGGAUGGGUUUCCUACUAACAAACACUGUAAAUGGAUUUGGCCCCACCAUACUCACCCCUACGAAAAGGAGAAUCAGCUCCACAAAAUCGAGCCGGCGGAUGUCACUUUUAAAUUCUUUCUUAACCGAACUGAUAUGGUCAAAUUCAGUAUGUUUGAGGAUUGGUCGGAACUUCCUUCUGAUUUUGAAGUUCAGAAACCAAUGUUGCACCAGCUUCAAGAUGGAACUCUCAACGUGACAAAGUCGAAAGCAUAUUUGCAGCCGCCCGUAAAGCUGGGUCAAAUCGUGGAUUUUAUCAUCAAUAACUACAAGCGAAUCAACCAUCCCAUACAUAUGCAUGGACAUUAUGUCCAUAUCCUCAGCUUUAGCGACCAGGAAAAUUUUCCCUACAAUUCUAUUGCAGAAGCAAAGAAACACAAAUAUCCACUUCUCAAUUUGGAUAAUCCUCCCUUUUCAGAUGUCGUUAUGGCGGCCGUUGGAGGCCACGUAGUUCUCAGGAUCACGGCAAACAAUCCUGGAAUAUGGCUCCUACAUUGUCACAAUAUAGGACAUCUUUUGGGAGGUAUGGGCGCCGUCCUUUUUGAAUCGCUUGAGGAAAUUCCCUCGCUCGAAAAGUUACCCUCACGCUAG